UUCAGGAAUUUGAAAUAAUCUAAAGCCCAAGAAGAGGAGCUAAGAAGACUAUAGAGGGUCGAAGGAGAAGAUUCUUAAUCUCUUCUUACUCCGAAGCUGUUCUUGGCGGCGAUGUCGGGAAUUUUCCAUUUGAGUUCUAGUUACGUAUCUGGUUACGCAGUUUCAGACAGCAGGUGCUUCUCUAACUCUGCUGUUUCUAGAAGAACACCUGCUACAGUACAUUGCUCUUCUUCCUGUCUGGAACACCAGCUAAAUGGACGUCUGAAAUGUGCCACCGGUAGUAGUUCUUUUGUUUGCCGAGCGAGUUCUUCUGGUGGAUACAGAAGAAACCCUGAUUUCUCAAGGCUUAAUAAGCACGGAAGAAACAGGCAAAGCGUAGACAGAGACGGUUUUGAUGGUGAAAACUCUGAUAUGUUGUCUUCGAGAAAUGGGUCUUUGCUCUCUCUUUCUAACUCCCCCAAGUUCCAAGCCACUUCAUCCCCUGGGCCAAGAGAGAAAGAGAUAGUGGAGCUUUUCAGAAAGGUUCAAGCUCAGCUCCGAGCUCGAGCAGCGGCUAAGAGAGAAGAUAAAAAGGUAGAAGAAGAAGAAGAAGCUUCUAAAGGACAGGGUAAAGAAAGUGAAACUGUUGACUCCCUUCUUAAGUUACUGAGGAAGCACUCGGGAGCGCAGAGCAAGAAAGUUAACAGUUUUGACAGCCACGGAGACAAUUCGCUACAAGUAGAUCCUGUGGAGAGGAAGCAAGAUCGCAGCAGCGGGAAUAUUGUCAAGUCAUGGACCAAAGAUCACAAUGCAUCAUCAUCCUUUACCAGGCCAGCGUCAAGCUUCAGAAGAAAGUCGCCGGUACCAAGAUUUGAAUCGCCUCCGACUUAUUCUAACGAGGCAACUUUUGAUGAGGCGUCGAGUUACAGCGUGACUUGGACUCAUAAGAAGGAUACAGCAGAGUCGCAUGACGAACCUCAGGCUGAGGUUGAGCCAGAGUACGACGAACAUGCACCUGAAUAUGAGUUAGAUCCUGAGCCUGUGACAGCUAUUCUCGAACCAGAGUCUGAGCUGGAGGUAAACGGAUCAUCAUUUUAUCAAGUGGAGGGUGAUAAUGUUACUGUAGAUGCCUUAUCAGGUGCUGAUGAUGAGGAGUCUCUGGAUGAUGCUGAUGAAGACGAGGUUGAUGAAGCUGAGGAAGAACCUGUGAAAGACUUGAGUACUUUGAAGCUGAUGGAACUGAGAGGCAUAGCAAAAUCAAGGGGACUAAAAGGGUUUUCAAAGAUGAAGAAAGCCGAACUCGUGGAGUUGCUUGGUAGACACUCCAGCUGAUUUUGACUGGUGAAGGAGACUCAACAAAUAAUCUGAACACUUGCUCUCGUUAAUGACAAUGUUGAAGUGAGUUAUUUUCUGUUGUUUUACUCUCGUUAAUGACAAUGUUGAAGUGAGUUAUCUUCUGUUGUUUUGUUUACACAGAUUUUUAAUCUUUGCUGUUUGAAAGGUCAUUAAAGCACAGUUAAGCUUGUU